ACCUCGACCGCCCAUGCGCCAUACUGCCCGCCCAAUCUCAACAGACGAGUGCGCGACUUGGAAGACAAAAUGGUGGUUAGAACUGUGACUGGAACGCUCGGCGGGGUGUCGAUGAAGCACCUUUCGCUGGUCACGUUGACAGUCCAGAACUCGGCCCUCAUACUGAUUAUGCAUUACUCGAGAAUCAUGCCCCUGGCUGGAGGACAAAGAUACCACACAAGUACAAGUGUCUUCUUGAACGAAGUAAUCAAGUUGGCAAUCAGCCUAACAAUGGCAUUGUACGAAAUGUCCAAAGCACUUCCGUCAAACACUACGCUCGCGACGCUACUCUACACUCUGGUGACGGCCGUUUUCACAAACGAGAGCUGGAAGCUCGCGAUACCUGCCGUAUUAUACACUAUACAGAACAACCUGCAAUAUGUGGCGGUCAGCAAUCUGGACGCGGCGACAUUUCAGGUUACCUACCAGCUCAAGAUCUUGACAACCGCCAUCUUUAGUGUGAUGAUACUGGGAAGGACUCUUUCAAUGCGCAAAUGGUUGUCGCUUCUACUGCUCAUUGUCGGCGUGUCCAUCAUACAGGUACCCCAAGCAAUGUCUGAAUCCUCCACCUCUGGAUCAGCCUCGUCGCCUUGGACAAAAACUCUAGAGCACCUGCACGAGCUCGGCAGCCAUGUUUCAGUGCGCAUGGGAAAGCGCUCCGGAUCGUACGAGGGCAUACAUGCAGACCGUGCAGCCCAAAUGCCGCAUAUGGACAAACGUGUCGGACUCAUUGCUGUGCUCGUGGCUUGCGCAUUGUCGGGUCUAGCUGGAGUGACAUUUGAAAAGAUUUUGAAAGACUCGCCGAGUGGAAAGAGUACAACAUUGUGGGUGCGCAAUUGCCAGCUUUCCUUCUGGUCGCUGUUUCCAGCACUGUUCUUGGGUGUGAUUUGGAAGGAUGGUGAAAUCAUUGCAAAGACUGGCUUCUUCGCUGGCUACAAUUGGGUAGUCUGGACUGCCAUUGGGUUUCAGGCGGCCGGCGGCGUCAUUGUCGCCUUGGUGAUUAAUUAUGCGGACAACAUCGCCAAGAAUUUCGCGACGUCAAUUUCCAUUCUUCUGAGCUGCAUUGCCAGCGUCCACUUCUUCGACUUCAAGGUGACACCAUCGUUUUUCGUGGGUACUUGCGUUGUCCUAUUUGCGACCUAUCUCUACACCAGACCAGAUCGAGGGAUGCAGCACUCGUCAGCAACCACUACCGACUUUGAAAAAAACACAGUGGGCGGCUCUUACAACGAACGUGAGGCUUUGAAUCCAUCGUCUGAAGGGUCGCAUAAACAAACACCCGGAUCGCCAACGAUGGAACGACGUUCUGACAAACGAGAGGCUUGAGGACGGUACAACAUAAAUUUAGUAAAUAAGUACGAUAAAUAGGUUCGCGCUCCUGAUAAGUCAAGCUGUUCAAUUACUUGAGCUGGUAAGAUGAUGUGUAUAUAUAAGUGAGUCUCAAAAUAGACAUCUUUUCGCACAUUUGUGCGAGAGG